CCCCUGCGUGAUACCGUAGCUGCGUGCGUGGAGCGGGCGCGGUGGUGGAAGCACUGCGUCGAGAGGGGUCGUGGGAUGUGGUUGAAGCCCGAGGAGGUGCUGCUGAAAAAUGCCCUCAAGCUGUGGGUGCAGGAGCGCUCCAACCAGUACUUCGUGUUGCAGCGGCGGCGGGGCUAUGGCGAGGAGGGCGGAGGCGGGCUGGCAGGUCUCCUUGUGGGAACAUUAGAUGCAGUGUUGGACUCAACGUCGAAAGUCGCCCCAUUUCGCAUCCUGCAUCAGACCCCAGACUCCCAAGUCUACUGGUCCAUCGCAUGUGGGCCACUUCUGAAGAAGUCAGACCUGGUGACAGGCUAUCAAAAAUACUUUAACAUUUAUGUUGGAAGUGUACUCUGGGGAAUUCUACUGCUAUCAGGAUCCAGCAGAGAAGAAAUAACAGAACAUUGGGAGUGGUUAGAACACAAUGUUAUGAAGACUUUAUCAGUAUUUGAUUCAAAUGAGGACAUUACGAGCUUUGUCCAGGGAAAGAUAAGAGGUUUGAUUGCUGAAGAGGAAAAAGAUUCUUGUGUAAAAGAAGAUGAUCCUGAGAAGUUUCGUGAAGGUCUUAUGAAGUUUGAGAAGUGUUUUGGAUUACCAGAGAAGGAGAAGUUGAUUACCUACUACUCAUGCAGUUACUGGAAGGGCAGAGUGCCCUGUCAAGGAUGGCUGUAUCUUAGUACCAACUUCCUUAGCUUCUACUCAUUUUUGCUUGGAGCAGAAAUAAAACUUAUUAUCUCCUGGGAUGAAAUAUCAAAACUUGAGAAAACUUCCAAUGUGAUUCUGACAGAGAGCAUUCAUGUGUGCUCCCGUGGGGAAGAUCAUUAUUUUUCCAUGUUUUUGCACAUGAGUGAAACAUUCCUUCUCAUGGAGCAGCUGGCAAACUAUGCAGUUAGACGACUUUUUGACAAGGAGACAUUUGAGAAUGAUCCAGUCCUUCAUGACCCUCUGCAAAUCACCAAGAGAGGCCUGGAGAGCCAUGCCCACAGUGAGCAGUUUAGUGCAUUCUUCAGGUUACCUAAAGAAGAGUCCUUGAAGGAAGUUCAUGAGUGCUUCUUAUGGGUUCCUUUCAGUCAUUGUAACACCUUUGGGAAAAUGUGCAUUUCAGAAAACUACAUCUGCUUUGCUAGCCAGGAUGGCAGCCUGUGCAGUGUGAUCAUUCCACUGAGAGAGGUCACAGGGGUAGAUAAAGUAGAUCCAGCCAAUAGAGGAGUCAGCAUUAGUACCAAAGGGAAAACAGCUUUUCGUUUCACAGAGGUGAGAGAUUUUGGACUGCUUGUGGCAAAGCUCAGAAUGAAAUGCAAUGCGAGUCCACAACACGUCAUAAGUACUGAGGUUGCAGCUGGUUCUGCGGCUGACGGUCCAAAGGAUUUUGGUGCAGGACAGUCAAAGAUGGGCCAGAAAGAUAACAGUAAAACUGUCAGUACAGAAGCACUAAUGACUGUCUACCAUCCUCAGGAUGCUGAGAACCUUGACUCUAAAAUGUUGAAAGAAAAAAUGAAGGAACAGUCGUGGAACAUCCUGUUUGCAGAACGGGGCCAUGGAGUCAGUAUGUUUCGAACAAAGAAGACUCGAGACCUAGUUGUAAGAGGCAUCCCAGAGGCAUUGAGAGGAGAACUAUGGCUACUCUUCUCAGGUGCUGUAAAUGAUAUGGCAUCCAACCCUGGUUAUUACACUGAGUUGGUGGAAAAAUCCUUAGGAACGUGCACUUUGGCUACUGACGAAAUUGAACGAGAUUUGCGUCGCUCCUUACCUGAGCAUCCUGCUUUUCAAAGUGACACAGGAAUUUCUGCUCUCAGGAGAGUUCUUACAGCUUAUGCAUUCAGGAAUCCACAAAUUGGAUAUUGUCAGGCAAUGAAUAUUCUGACAUCAGUGCUUCUGCUGUAUGCUAAAGAGGAGGAAGCAUUCUGGCUUUUGGUUGCUGUGUGUGAAAGGAUGCUUCCUGAUUAUUUCAAUCGCCGAAUCAUUGGUGCCUUGGUAGAUCAGGCAGUGUUUGAGGAGCUCAUCAGGGUUCACCUGCCUCAGUUGACAGACCAUAUGACGGACAUGACUUUUUUCUCCUCGGUCUCUCUCUCCUGGUUCCUUACCCUUUUUAUCAGUGUGCUGCCAAUUGAAAGUGCAGUCAAUGUGGUGGACUGUUUCUUCUAUGAUGGAAUAAAGGCAAUCUUGCAGCUGGGCCUUGCAGUGCUGGAAUACAACAUGGGGAAGUUGCUCACUUGUAAGGAUGAUGCAGAAGCAGUCACUAUUCUCAACAGAUUUUUUGACAGUGUCACUAACAAAGACAGUCCUUUACCUCCAGCUGUGCAGCAGGGCUCCAAUCUCAGUGAUACAAAGAGUGACCAUCCAAAAGUGGACAUCACUGAUCUGAUCCGAGAAUCAAAUGAAAGAUACGGUGAUAUUUGCUAUGAGGAUAUUGAGAGCUUGCGCUGCAGGAACAGGCUUUAUGUGAUCCAGACCUUGGAAACUAUGACCAAGCAGAACGUGCUACGUGUUGUGUCUCAAGAGGUAAAGUUCAGUCCUAGUGAUCUUGAAGAGCUUUAUGAAUUAUUCAAGAAGGAGCAUUUUCUUUCCUGUUACUGGAGUGCAAAUAGUCCUGUCCUGCAACAUCAUGAUGCCAGUCUGCCCUACCUUGACCAGUACCGGAUUGAUUGUGAGCAGUUCAGGCUUCUCUGCCGUCUCUUGAGCCCCUGGUCACACUGUGCAAACAGAGACUCCCUGGCCCUGUGGACAUUCCGACUGAUGGAUGAAAGCUCCAGCUGCCUUAUAAACUUCAAACAAUUUGCCUGUGUUCUUGAUAUGAUGUAUAAUGGAAGCUUCACUGACAAACUCAAGCUUCUUUUUAAGUUGCACAUCCCUCCAGCUUUUACUGAAGUAGAAUCUCUAAACUCUUCCAAAGGGGAUGAGCUUUCAAAAGAAGAACUGAUCUACUUCAGCCAGCUCAGUGUUUCAUCGGUUGGGGAUAAUCUUGAAAGUGAUUCUUUGAAGACCAGCCCAGGAAAAGGGAAAGGGAAGGUUGGUAUUCAGACAUAUCUGAAACAAUGGCAAGAUGAACUUCUUAAAAAAGAAAGCGUCAAGGAUUUGCCAAGAAUGAAUCAGUUUCAGUUCAUCCAGUUCUCUAAAACUCUCUACAAUCUGUUCCAUGGGGAUCCUGAGGAGGAACUGUUGUAUCAGACUAUCGCAGCAGUGACCAGCCUCCUGUUGAAAAUGGAAGAAGUUGGCAGAAGACUGCAGAGUCCCAUAUCACCUGUCAAAAGUCCAGUUAAUGUUACAGAAAUGGCUGCUGAAGUGCCUGGAGAGAGGCAGGAGGAAAGCAGCUCUGAGCAGACUGAAAGCAGUAGAGCACAGAGUUUGGAAGGGAACCAUGAAUGGUCUUUUGCCUUUGAACAGAUUCUGGCAUCCUUAUUAAAUGAGCCAGCCUUUGUGAGAUUUUUUGAAAAACCUCAUGACAUAAAAGCUAAAAUAGGGACUGCUAAGAAUUUGCAACUUAAAGCAAGAAUCAGAGUGUAAUUUUCUUUACAUUUGACUCUGAAUUAAUCAUGUAAAGUGCUUACAAAUGAAGCCUGUAACUAUGGAAAUCGAUCUGGUGUUGACAUAGGGAAUGAAGUCUGAAGAAUUAGCUUUAAGUAUCAGAUUACUGGUAUGUAAAGUAAAUAAAAAUAGUUUGAAGCACAGUCA